UGUGUAAAGAUUUGUGUCCCAUUGGAGGAAAAGUUCAAGUUGUGAAUCGUGAAUCGAAUCAAAUCAAAGGUAAAGUUGCUGGCUGAGCGAAAAUAAGCCCCGCAAUUGAAAAUUUAGACAAGAAAUCACAAAUCCAAGUGACCGAUAAGCAAUUAACUGUGGCAAUCGUGAACUAUUCGUGCCGUGAAGAAGGGAAAAUCGAAGAGAUAUGCGUGUAUGUUGUGUGUAAUUAAUGGUGCCGAGUUGAGUGUUUGAACGAGGGUGCUUUUACGGUGCGGCCUAAAUUUUAGCAGCCAAGUUUUGUGUAAAAGUUGGGAUCGGUUGUGGAACUUCCGUGUACCCACCACCAUCCAGUGUCCAGUGAUUGUGUUGAGCAAAAAAAAAGCGAAGAAUGAAAAUAAUAUGUGGUCACUCUUUGGGCAUAAGAAUGGCCUAAUUAAAUGAAUCCCGAAAAGGGGCUUUUGAAGAUGUGAUUCCAGUGGAUCCAGUGGAAAGGCGUGCUGUCGAAGAACGACGAAGAAUCUCAGCAAUCUCAAGUGUCUAAUGGAACAAGUUUUGCAUGUGUAAAAACAAGUGUAGAAAAAAUGUCUGCUGCUACGGUUGGGUGCCGCGAAUGUUAAUUUACGGUGCCGUUCUCGGAAUUUUGGAAAAAGUAGGCUCCGCGGGAUUCCAACCACUACAGGACGGGAAGCCUUCGCGUGCAAUCGGGGAACCAGUGUUUUCCUAGUUAUUCGAUACGCCCGAAAGACCAAAACAGUAGUAGUGUGUGCAGAGGGCCGUGCAGUUUAGCAGCAAAGGUGACGGCACCAGUUAAUAAUAAGAUAAUUCUUCCAGUGCUGCCAGCGAUUGUGCAACAACAAAAUAGGGUAAUCUAUACCUAACAAACCAAUCUAGUGAUCCAAAGUGAAGUGAUGUACUUAGUCGCAGUUUUCCGUCAGUUCUUCAGUGUUGUUAAUAUUAGUAACCACCAGUGAAGCGAUUAAUCGAUGUUCAUUAAUACAUUAUUAAUAUUCACUGUGAAGUUAAACGUAAGUCUCAACCAACAUUCUUUUCGUCGUCAUGCAUGUCUGUGCUUUUUCUAGUGUUAACAAGUAAAAUACAUAUAAUCUUACAAGAAGAAAAAAAAUGCUCCAGUGAAGUCAUCCGAUUUUUGCGAAGAAUCUCUCCCUCAUACUCGAAUAAAAAGCGAAUGUUCUGUCGAAUCGAAAAAGCCAGCAAAACCCGGCAAGGCAAAAGAAAAGCAAAAUAUUGAAUUAGAUAACCCAAAAGUGACCGCGAUACAGUAUUUUUAAGCGUGUUUACGUUUAUCCUGUCCUUCCAUGUUGAAAUGUGUAACAGUUAAGUUAAUCGUAGUUUUCCACAACCGCUUAGUAAGUGCCAGUAGUAUAGUGUUUAAAUCCGUUAUUGGAAAUACAAAACAAACGCCGGUCUCGUCAUUCGUCCAGGCGACAGUUCCGAAGAAGUGAAAAGCGAAACGGCUAAACGUCUUAAUCAGGGGCCAAAACAAACGCCGACGAAAGUGAAGAAAGUGUGUUUACGUACGUACGGACGUACGUACGGCGGGCAGUGCUGAACCCGAAAUCUCCGCGGUCUGGUUUUGAGUGUUGUUAGUCUAGUCCAAUAGAGGAAAAAAAAGGCAAGCGAAAAAAAGGUGAAAAUUUACGACCGUCAGUGAUUUUUAAGCGUCAACCUGUGAGCUCUAAGCCCGACUAACUUCGCGCGCUACUUUGCGAUCCGAUUUCUUUUCGACAUUAGACGACGACGACAACGAUGAAAACAGUUGGCUCGAAUUCAGGACGGGUGCUUUAAUUAAUGGUUUGCCGGCGGUAAACGGUGUGGUCCGGUAGGCCCCGCAGACAAGUAGCCGUGUAACGUGAUAGCCCUCAGUGGACCGUCUAAAAGCUGUUAAAUUGCGGUUUGAACUGUACGCGGUGGGUUGCUGCAGCGAAAAACUCAAGAUAAUGGCCGUCGAUGCCGAGACAAUUAGAGAUUCCAGCAGGUAUUGCUGAGACUUUGGCAAUUGUGAAAAACAGCGCAUAACCAGCAAAGGCUUCGCCAUGAUCCUUCGAUUCAAAGACCACAGCAAGUUCAAGAAGAAGAGACUGGCCAUCAAUAGAAGCCGCACCAGCAAAUGAAUCUCCCAACGUAGAAAUUCUUUCCAAUUUUUUUUAUGUGCCUUCCUCAUUUUCGGUUCCGAUCCCAGACAAAUAUUCAACGCAACCAAUCUAUAAAAACACUCCAGCCCAUCAGGUCAUGUACCGUGUAAACAUUGUAAGCACAAAUCCGACCGGAAACGUACAGCAGCAGGCGCAGCAGCAGCAGCAGCAGCAACAACAACAGCAGCAGCAGCAAUCGACGAGUAGCCAGCAACCGCCCCAGUUGGCGCUGGUUCAGCAGCAGUCUACGGGCGGAAUUCAGACAAUCACUGCCACCACAACGACCAUCAUCGGUUUGACGGCGCUGAAUGCCCUCAAUGCCAGCACGAUCACCGGUCUGGCGGCGGCAGCAGCAGCAGCAGGAGCAGGCAGCAGUUCGACCGGGGCGAUCGUCGCCACCACUGGCGGGGCCAGUAGUAACCCGGUGGCGAACACGGGCGGCCUAACUGCCACCAAGCAUAUCCUGAAGGCGGCCUCCAACAAUAACAACAUCAGCAUCGUCAAGAUCGGCGAUGAAAUUAUGCUGAAGGCCGUCAAAGUGGAACCUUUGCCGGCUGACUCCGGAGGAGGAGGAGGAGGCGGCGGAGUACCAACCGCCACCACCUCCGGUGGAGUGACCGUAACUGCCAUACCCGCCUCGACUGCUGCAACCACAUCCACCGUUCCCACCAACGGUCAAGUGAUCUACGGUGGAAAACGGCGUUUGGAAAGCAAUGCCGAGGAAUGGAUAUCGUCCCCUAGUCCGGGCAGUGUGCCAGGCUCCGCACCGCCCUUGAGCCCUUCGCCCGGCUCACAGAGCCACACCUACACGACCACCAUGUCCAACGGGUACUCGUCGCCGAUGUCCACCGGAAGCUACGACCCGUACAGUCCGAAUGGGAAAAUGGGUCGCGAAGAUCUGUCGCCUUCCAGUAGUCUGAACGGCUAUUCCGGUGACGGUAACGAUGCGAAAAAGCAGAAGAAAGGUCCGACUCCGCGGCAGCAGGAGGAACUGUGCCUGGUGUGUGGGGACCGAGCGUCCGGCUAUCACUACAAUGCGCUCACCUGCGAAGGAUGUAAAGGUUUCUUCCGGCGUAGUGUAACCAAGAAUGCCGUCUACUGCUGCAAGUUUGGGCAUGCGUGCGAGAUGGACAUGUACAUGCGACGGAAGUGCCAGGAGUGUCGGCUCAAAAAGUGUCUCGCCGUCGGUAUGAGGCCCGAGUGUGUCGUGCCGGAGAACCAAUGCGCCAUCAAGCGGAAGGAGAAGAAGGCCCAGAAGGAGAAGGACAAGCUGUCAACGAAUGCAACCGUUAGUACAACGAACAGCGCCUACAAAGCGGAGAUACUGCCGGUUUUGAUGAGAUGUGAUCCACCGCCGCAUGCAGCGAUACCUCUUUUACCCGAAAGGCUGCUGAAUGAAAAUAGGCUAAGAAAUAUACCUCUGCUGACGGCGAACCAGAUGGCCGUCAUCUACAAGCUUAUCUGGUACCAGGACGGCUACGAGCAACCGUCGGAGGAAGAUCUCAAGAGGAUAAUGAUCGGCUCACCCAACGAGGAGGAAGACCAGCAUGACGUGCACUUCCGGCACAUAACGGAAAUCACAAUCUUAACAGUACAACUAAUCGUGGAGUUCGCCAAGGGACUACCAGCAUUUACCAAGAUUCCACAGGAGGACCAGAUCACGCUGCUGAAGGCCUGCUCAAGCGAGGUGAUGAUGCUUCGGAUGGCCCGCCGCUACGAUGCCGGCACCGAUUCGAUCCUGUUCGCCAACAACCGAUCGUACACGCGAGACUCGUACCGGAUGGCCGGCAUGGCGGAUACGAUCGAAGACCUGCUGCAUUUCUGCCGCCAGAUGUACUCGCUCACGGUGGACAACGUGGAGUACGCCCUGCUGACGGCGAUAGUCAUCUUCUCCGACCGGCCCGGUCUCGAGCAGGCCGAGCUGGUCGAACACAUCCAGAGCUACUACAUCGACACGCUGCGAAUCUACAUUCUCAACAGGCACGGCGGCGAUCCGAAGUGCAGUGUGAUAUUCGCCAAGCUGCUGUCGAUACUGACCGAACUACGGACGCUCGGCAAUCAGAACUCGGAGAUGUGCUUCUCGCUCAAGCUGAAGAACCGAAAACUGCCGCGGUUCCUGGAGGAGAUCUGGGACGUCCAGGACAUACCACCCUCGAUGCAGGCGCAGAUCCAGCAGCAGACCGGCACCGUCUCCGGUAUCAAUAGCAGUAACAGUAGUAGUAGUAGCAGCAACAGCAGCAGUAGUAGUAGUAAUAGUUUACACGGGCAGCAUCAGCAAUUAACGCCAAAUCAGCAGCAACAGCACAGUCAGCUACAGCAAGUUCACGCCAACGGCGGAAGCGGCGGUAGUAGUAGUGGUGGUGGCGGCGGCGGUGGUGGCAGUACCGCGGGCUCCGCCCUCGGCAUGCUCGACCACCAGGUAUAGCUAGUGUAGGACACGGUUUCCGGGCCAGUUUCCAUUCCACUGCUGGCCGGCGAAACCGAAGCGACGACCGUUGACGCCCAAUCCGUCGUUCCCUUCUCCGGGGACGAUAUCUUAUUUAUCGUAGAAAGUUAAGGCGAGAUCCGGUCGCUUCCAGUUUUUUUUUUUAAUUCUUUCUUUUAUUUAUUUCAUCGACCUGUUUUUAUUCUUACUAUUUCUGUCGUCGGAUUACGGUUUUGAGUACCGUAUGACGGACAGUAAGUGACUGAAUAAAGUCUGUUUUUGACUCCUAUCUCUAUGUCUAUUACGUUUCGAUUUGACAUUUUUCGAAAAAAAAGUAUUCCACAGACGAGAAGAAGGAAAAUCCCCACACAAGCGAAAGACAAAAAAGCAAAACUCGCAGUUUAUUUACACAAACACACGAAAAAGUAAAGUGUAAUCUUUGUGAAGAUCGUAUUUAUACUAAAUAUGACUUCUAUUAUGAGGAAACAAAUCUGGCGAGCCGCGUGUGGGCGAGUGCAGACUGCAGACAUAAUAAAAACGAAAAAAAAAACACAAACAAGAAAACACUACACGCGCUUAACAGUGUAAGUUUACAACAAUGUAGCUGGUAAGGAAAAGAGAUGAAAGAGGAUCGAGGUUUGUCGUUUGUUGGAUGCUGGAUGAAAAGGUCCAAAAAGAAGAGUUAGUCGAAGUGUGCAGAGAGAGAGGGGCUCGCUGGUCGUGCUCGGAACAAACAAAUAAACAAACAAACAAAAAAACACAGAAGAACGAAAAACAAAUGCUGCCACCCCCACUUUUUCGCCCAACCAAUCGAAAUGAUGGGCCACUAGCCACACACACACAAACAACAACAAUAUCCACGUACACGUACACGUACACACCACACACACAUGCAAACACUGAAUCAAACAAGAGACUAGCCACUCACUACUAUCGGCGGCCGCGAAAAACAAAAACAAUGCUCCUGUUUGCUCUCGUCGGGUUUCACGUAAACCGGCGAGAACGAACGAGCGAGCGUGUGAAAUCCACUUAAAACACAAAGGCGGCGCCCACCCGACCUCUUUCGUAUCGUUUGGCUGUGACUUGUUAAUAUUUUUAAGAUGAAACUAUAUUAAUUUAGAGGAGAGAAAAUAAAACACAACAUACAAAAAAAAAAACAUGCAUAAUUAACAAAACAAAACAAGCAAACAAGCAUAGUAGACGCAAACCACUCAAGUACACGACGAGAAAGUUGAAAUAAAACAAAAAACAAAAAUAAAAACAGAAGAAGAAUAAACAAAAACGAUAGGAUGUGUUUGAUAAGCCAAGUGAACUACUAACUGAUGGUUCAGGACACGCUUAGCAGUUAGGGAUUCGAAUAGAGGAGAAUAAAGAACUACAUAGGAUGUACAUUUUUUUUCUAGGUUUUAAACUAAGCUAGUAGGCAGACAGAAAGAGAGAAAGAAAGAAAGAAAAAACAUUGUGAAAAGCUGUAAGUUAUUAGUUGCGUUAAGGAGAAGUGAAAAAAAACAAACAUAAAUUUGCAGUUUAAGCAAACAACAUUUGUGUGAAGAGAGAGCCAGAGUUGAAAAACGACGAAACGAAACAAAACAAAACACAUUAUCUCUUGUAGCUGGUAAGUUGCGAAAGUUGAUAGGAGCAAAAUUUUGUGGAGUGGAUUUUUUUGCCGCCUCCCGCCUCCCGCCCGAGAGGGGGAAGAAGGAUGGACCCGGUUUCGAACCGUUGCGUUAUUCAAGCAGCGGGAGUGAACGAAACCGGUUGGUAAUAAGGGCGGGCGGUCGGGGGUCGGGCCGAGCGCAUUCGUUAGAAGUUAGGAGGCGGAGACGAAUGCGUUCGUUUGCUAGGAAGGAAACAGAAACAGAGCAGUUCUCUUUUCGUUGAUCUUUUUUUUUUCUCGAAAAUUGUGCUCGGUAGUUUAUCUGUUUUUGGCUCAACAUAAAAAAAUUGAGGUUAGUUGUACUCCAAAAUUUGAUUAAUUUUUGUUUUCCGAUAGCACAGUUUUCCUCUUGCGAGAAGCGAAAAAAAAUUCCUAUUCUUGUUUCUGAUUUGUGUGACUGCACGCGGAACGGAAUGAAUGAUGAUCGCGCACAACCGAAACAACCGUGUACAUAUUGAUUAAUGCUCGUUAAAGUUUGUUUGCGCUAGUAGGAAAACAGGAAAGUCAAGAAGCGUCCCGAAAAGAAACUAGAUUCGAAUGGUGUAACGCUUAGAGAGACGGCGCUGGGUAGUGCCUAUUUUCUCACGUCCAAAUUUGAUUCCGUUUUCCGAUGAUCCAGGCCAGGUAGCUUCGAUUAAGAUCAGUCAACCUCUUAAUCUGUUCCUCUCUUGCUCUGUUUGUUUUUAUUUUAAUAUUUUUUCUCUAGUUUUGUUUCAAAACAAAUUUGUAUGUUGAGGAAACAAAUGUAGUGUAAAUUUACUUCUGUAGCUAAAAUUAGAAUUCUUUGUUUUUAGUAAAGUUUUUUCAAGCAAACCCGAAUAACUAAGAACUAUUCGAAGCUGAAGUUUUUUUUUCUUUUUAGAAAAGAAGAAAAAAGGAUAUACUAACAUAUUUCGUCGUACGUGCGUGCGUGCGUGCUUGCGUGCCUGACUGAAUGCGUGUGUUUGAGUGAAAGACAGUUAUACGAUUGUGUUAAAAUGCCUAUUUUUUUAAACGAAAAAAAACAAUUUAGAUAACCGCAAGUAACUGCCACAAUAAAUCACAAUCACGUCAAGGGUGGUGAUCAUUUCGUCGUCAUUCAGAAAGGCAGAAGGCAUAUAGUAAAGCUGAGUGCGAGCGAUCUGUGUGUUGGUUGGUGCGCUUGUGUUGUUUAUUUUAACCUAAUUCGGGACACAGAAGCAUUUCUAGAAUAAUUCAUUUGUUUGUUGCAAAAUUAUUACGACCUGCUAAGUUUACUUUUUAUCGGAAUAACAAACAGUAGAGGGAAGCAAGCAAAAAAUCAAGAACAAAUUCGCACGUAUCAAAACUAUUUUUAGUAAAUUUUUUAGCGAUCCUUUCUUAUAUUUUGAUUAACUGUUUUCAGAGAAACCAGCUGCUUAUGGUAAAACAGCAGAAAAUUAGUCAAUUAAACUGUUUGUUUCAGUCCGGACUAAUAAUAUUGCCGCCUGUUUUUUGAGAGAGCAAAUAACAUACUGACACACACACUCAUACAAAGUUAGAACUUCAUCAAAAGAAAAAAAGUAGCCAACAACAACAACAAACGAAAAAACAAAACAUGGGAUCAGUUUCAUUUAGUAGAAUGUACACACACUUGUCUUCACACAAAGUAGUGCAAGAAAAUUAUAACAACACGAAACGACGGGGAAAUCGAUUUUUUGAUGAAGAAUAAGUCUCGGAAACGGAGGUGCCUUUAGUAAAGAGUAAACAAAAGAAAAAGCAUACAAACAUAAAACAGAGCAAACAAAAAAACCUGAACGGUAAAACACACAGAGAAGUAGACAGUGAAAAAAGAGAGCAAGCGAAAGCGGAAAAGUAGUAAAAACACACACACACAACACAAAAAGAGUACUGACUUUUAUAAACACAAAACAAAAAUCGAAUACAGAGAAAAAGACAGAGCAAAAAGUGCAGUUGUUAGGCUUAGAAAGUAGUAGUUGCGCAGAGAAAAACCCAGAUGAAACGUAGAGGUAAAAUCCAGUUAAAACCAGUAAAAAUAAACCUGUGUGUUGAAAGAUGAAAAACGCGGUCAAGUUUAAACCUCGACCUAGACGAAUAGGAGAAGUAAACCCCCCGACACGGAGCAAAACGACUGAAAAGGACGGUGUGAACAAGAUAACAGAUAUAAACGAAACUUAACAAAACAGCAAGAAAAACACAAACACACACGCAAACACACAGAGGAAGAAGAACAAACAGAACAGUUGAUGAGUAAAGAGCAAAACGCUAGUUUUGCACCGAUUUGCGCGCCGAUUGUGCGAUGAAGGUUUGAGCUGAGGGCACGGACGACGACGAUGAAAGAUGAUAAUUAUGAUGAUGAUAAUGCAAACAUGAAACAAAAUGAGACACAUGAGCAAAGAUAGGAACGGUGUAUACUUGGUACGAGUGUGGGACCGGCCAGUGCGUUGGUGGUGUGUUGAGGAACGGUGUUGGGACCCUCUCAGUGCCCUGUUUCUUCUGUCCCGCGAUGCAUUGGUCCCCUCCCUCCUCGAACGCAGAUGAGCAACAGUGAGUGAAUAUUCGAUACUAAGAAAGAACUGGGAUACGUGCAAAAUAAGAAAUUUCUCAAAACCUAUUAAUAUUUGUAUUAGUUAC